AUGUCGAAUGGCGCAAUCGAGUACAAAAGUGGUACACAUGAAUUCAAUGGAUGCGACACCAAUGUUUCAGAGACAAGUGUCAAAAAUGGUGUUACAUGUGUUUGGAGUGGAACACUGGACAAUUACUGUUAUAUCGAUUUCACAUGGAAAUUCGACUGGAGUGAACUCAAAAGUCAGGGAGUCGACGAGCUCACUGGACACAUUACUGUCUCGUCAGAUUACAAUCACUUCACUGCAACGAAAAUAGAUGUAAAAAUUACGGAAAAUAACCAAGAAAUAACAGAACAAGUCGGAGGCGAUUAUGUUUUCGAUGAUGUUUUCUACGAGUAUUCUCUCAUCCCUCACUACGAAAUCUCAUCAUACGGUGAGAUGUUUGCACCGUCCGAUCAAAAUGAUGCGAUUAUGCUUGUCGACGGAAAGAAGCUUCAUUUUCUCUCGUACCACUCCGAGUAUUUCCGCGCUCUUUUCUCAUCGAAUUUCAAAGAAGGACAAAUGGAUGAAAUUCCUAUCGGAGACGUCUCUUACGAAGAUUUCGCUCUUCUCCUCAGCACUUUCCACCCGGAUCCAGUGUUCGUAACCGAUGCAAUUGUCGAGAAACUUCUGGAAUUGGCUCGCCGCUUUCUGGUUCCUUCCGUCAUAAAAGUCACCGAAUAUUAUCUUAUAAACUGGUCCAAUAUUGAAAAUGAAAAGAUGUUGUGGUUGGCUGACGAAUAUGGAAUGUCGAAACUUCUCGAGAAGUCGAUUCGUAAAAUAACUACAGUAGAAAACGCGAAGAAAUUGAAGAAAUCGGAGAAUUAUGACCAAUUAUCGGAUAAGACAAAGGCGAAAGUGUUCGAUUGUCUCUUGGAUUCCAUUUGA